UGACUCAACCUUUGGGAAGAGAAACUUUGAGCCAAUGCUGACCGUGGAGCUAUGUGGGACCGCAGGUAGGACUCCACCCACCACUCCACCGUACAAGCCCGCUGAGGAGGACCUGUACAAGCCAGACAUCCCCCAGGAGCCAGGGAAGGAGGAUGGGAUAGCCCCCAGCCCCGGGGGCACAGGGGACACAGCAGCCUCUCGGAAAGUCCCCAAGAAGCACCCCGAGAGGACAGAGCUCUUCGCUCACCUGAGCCGAGCUGCCGGGCGCCCCGUGCUCCCUGAGCAGCAGGGCGUGCUGAAGCGGCCCUUCUCCCGCUCCUUCGGGGACCACGACUACUGCCAGGUGCUGAAGCCCGAGGCCACCCUGCAGAGGAAGGUGCUCAAGUCGUGGGAACCCCCAGGCCAGGUGGAGAUGGAGCACAAGAGGAGGGUCCCAGCUGCCCACUACCAGGGGCUGGACCUCGGCAAGGAGACAGGCAGCGAGAUGCUGUGGAAGGAUGGCAUCAAGCAGCUGAGAGACCAGGAGAUCAGAGCCAGCUUAACAAAGCACUUUGGCUUUCUGGACAGUGCUCUCGAUGAUGAGGACAUGGUCUUCUGCAAGACCCCUGAGUAUGACACUGUCUUUGAAGACAGCUGCAGCGAUAGUGGCUCCCCUGUGGAGGAGGAGGAGGAAGAGGAGGAGGAAGAGGAGCACAGCAACACCAAGCUGUGCCUGCGGAGAAACCCCCUUUCCAGGACCAGUUUGCAUUACUGUUCCCGGAGCAGGUCCAGUUCGGGGUCUUCAUGCUGCCGGUCCCGAUCGCCCGCAAGCAGGCGCACCUUCAGGUGUGAGAACGGCGAGCAGUGUCAGGGCGGGAGCAGGCACCGGGGCCAGCUGGAGAAGAGACGGGAAAAGGCCAUUGGGGAAGGCCGGGUGGUGUACAUCAGAAACCUCUCCAGCAGCAUGAGCUCCAGCGAACUGAAGAAACGCUUUGAAGUGUUUGGUGAAAUCGUGGAGUGUCAGGUCCUGUCCAGGACUAACAGGGGGGAUAAAUAUGGCUUCAUCACCUACCGGUAUUCAGAGCACGCCGCCUUAUCUCUGAAGAAUGGCACCUCGCUAAGGAAGAGGAACGAGCCUUCAUUCCAGCUCAGCUCUGGUGGCCUCGGGCACUUCUUCUGGACCAGAUACGCUGACUUGGAUUGCGGCGUGGAGGAGUCCUCCCCAGCUCCGGUGAAAAGCAAGUACGAGACCAUGGAUUUCGACAGCUUGCUGCAGGAGGCCCAGCUGAGCCUGCAUCGGUAA